AUGUCUUUUGGAAACAGUUCAGACAAUGAUGAUGAGUCGUUCAGUUUUCCGGAAGUAUCGAUUCCACGUCCAGUUCGUUUUUGGCUGAUGCUUUUAUUCGAUAUUCCAUCAGUAGUUUGUAGCUUCUUCCUUAUAAUUCAUAUUAUAAUGAAUCGAACCCAUAGACAUGCAUUACAUAAUCAUACAAUUCUUCUGCUAUUAAUCUUUUAUUUGCCAAUUCAACUAAUAGAUAUUAAUAUUUAUCUUGUAUUCUUUUCGUAUGGCUCUGUUCAACCAUCACAACCAUUUGUAUGUCUUCUUUGGUGGUUCGUUGAUAAUGGUUGCUAUGCUGGUGGACUCGUUCUAAUGGCGUGGUUAGCAAUCGAACGACAUAUUUUCAUAUUUCAUGAUCGAUGGGUUUCCAAUCGAAGAGGACGUUUCCUUUUUCAUUAUCUUCCUUCGGUUAUUCUAGUUACAUAUAUCCUUUUCUUCUAUCUAAUUGUUAUUUUUUUUCUACCUUGUGAGAAUUACUAUCUUUAUACAGUUCCCGUAUGUGGUGCUUCACCAUGCUAUCAAUCUUAUGGUAUUCUUGGUAUGUGGGAAUCUAUUGUACAUUCAAUUAUACCAGUUCUCUUAGAGAGUAUUGCUAGUAUUGCUCUUAUUUUACGUGUUCAAAUUCAAAGACGACGACUUCGUCAAUCUAAUCAAUGGCGUAGACAAAGACGAAUGAUUAUCCAAUUACUUUUGGUUUCAAGCUUAAAUAUUGGUAUUAAUUUUUCAGGCACUGUAUUACUUAUUGCACAUUUAUGUGGUUUACCGCAGGAUUAUGGAGCAGAAGCUGCACUUUAUUUCUUUUUUCUUACCUACUUCACUAUUUUCCUUUUUCCAUUCAUAUCUUUAAGUCAAUUUCCAGAUUUACGUAAGAAAAUGAAAGAGAAAUUAUUGGGCGUAAUACGGAGACGACCACAUCAUACAGCCACUGUUACACAUACAAGAAGAGAUAUACCAAUGAAUAGAAUGGCAUAA